AUGGCCGCCGCAAUCAAAGCUCUCAACGCAAAGAUCAGGUCGAACCCGACCCUGAACUACAUUUGCUCUACCCACUUCUGGGGUCCCGUCUCCAACUUUGGUAUUCCCGUGGCCGCCAUUGCCGAUGCCCAAAAGUCACCAGAUCUUAUCUCGGGCCAGAUGACUGGCGCCCUCGUCGUCUACUCCGCGACCUUCAUGCGCUACUCGCUCGCCGUCUCGCCCAAGAACUACCUCCUCUUCGCCUGCCACUUCAUCAACGAGUGCUCCCAGCUCACCCAGGGUUACCGGUACCUGCAGUGGCACCACUGGGGCGGCAAGGAGAAGGCCGGCGCCGCGGGCGCCGUCGAGACCGUCAAGGCCAAGGCGAACGAGGCUGCGGACAAGGUCAAGGCGGCUGCUUCCAAAUAG